CCUCCCAGCGACUCGCGUGCGGAUCAGCCCGGAGCGCCGGCAAGAAACUCCCCUGGAUCCGCGCGGUGCUGCCGGACCCUGCACGUCCUCCUCCUGCUCCAAGCCAGCUCAGGGGGAAGUUUCCCCCAGGGAAGGUACCGAACGGAUCAGAAGCGACUCAGGUGUUUCAGAGCCACAGAUAGCAAAGGAUGCAGGCUUCUUACCCCGAGAUGAUGAUUAUGCAUUUGGCUGUGGCCCUCCUUUGCCUCCGUCCAGAAGCAUGACUAUAAUGAAGGGGUGCUCAUAGAUAUUUCCAGGUUAACCACGUUCUCCUCAACUUGAAACCAAAAGUACAACGAGAUUUUAAAUUUUCAUUCUUUCUGGAUUGCCUCCUUCUUGAAGAACAAUGGAGAUGCUAUUAAAUGGAAGAGGUUUAAUCAUAUCUCUAAUUUUCUUCCUGUUAAAAUUCUCCACAGCCAUUGAAAUACCACUUUCAGUUCAACAGGUUCCAACCAUCAUAAAACAGUCAAAAGUGCAAGUGGCCUUUCCCUUCGAUGAAUAUUUUCAAAUUGAAUGUGAAGCUAAAGGAAAUCCAGAACCUACAUUUACGUGGACUAAGGAUGACAAGCCUUUUAACCUCUCUGAUCCUCGAAUAAUUGUAUCUAACAACUCAGGAACAUUCAAGAUCCCAAAUGAGGGGCACAUAUCUCACUUUCAAGGGAAAUACCGCUGCUUUGCCUCUAAUAAACUCGGAGUCGCUGUGUCAGAAGAAAUAGAAUUUAUAGUUCCAAAUGUUCCAAAAUUCCCCAAAGAAAAAAUUGAGCCUCUGGAAGUGGAGGAGGGGGAUGCAAUUGUCCUCCCGUGCAACCCUCCCAAAGGCCUCCCACCUUUACACAUUUACUGGAUGAAUAUUGAAUUAGAACACAUUGAACAAGAUGAAAGAGUAUACAUGAGCCAAAAGGGAGAUUUGUACUUCGCAAAUGUGGAAGAAAAAGACAGUCGAAAUGAUUACUGUUGCUUUGCUGCAUUUCCAAGAUUAAGGACUAUUGUGCAGAAAAUGCCAAUGAAACUAACAGUUAACAGUUUAAAGCAUGUUAAUGACUCCAGUUCAUCCACAGAAAUUGGUUCCAAGGCAAAUUCAAUCAAGCAAAGAAAGCCCAGACUGCUGUUGCCUCCUCCUCAGAGUGGCGGUGAAUCUUCACUUAUCAUCCUCAAAGGAGAAACCCUACUGCUUGAGUGUUUUGCCGAAGGCCUACCAACUCCACAGGUUGAUUGGAACAAAUUGGGUGGUGAUUUACCAAAGGGAAGAGAAACAAAAGAAAAUUAUGGCAAGACUUUGAAGAUAGAGAAUGUCUCCUACCGGGACAAAGGAAUUUAUCGCUGCACAGCCAACAAUUUCUUGGGUUCAGCGACUCAUGAUUUUCAUAUUACAGUAGAAGAGCCCCCUCACUGGACAAAGAAGCCUCAGAGUGGCGUGUAUAGCACGGGGAGCAGUGGUAUCUUGUUAUGUGAGGCUGAAGGAGAACCUGAACCCACAAUCAAGUGGAGAGUCAAUGGCUCCCCAAUUGAGAAAAAUCCAUUUGCUGGUGAUGUCGUCUCCUCCAGGGAAAUCAGUUUUACCAACCUACAACCAAAUCACACUGCUGUGUACCAGUGUGAAGCCUCGAAUGCCCAUGGAACUAUCCUUGCCAAUGCCAAUAUUGAUGUUGUAGAUGUUCGUCCAUUGAUACAAACUGAAGAUGAAGAAAACUAUGCUACGGUGGUUGGGUACAGUGCUUUCUUAUAUUGUGAGUUCUUUUCUUCACCGGAGGCAAUAGUGUCCUGGCAGAAGGUAGAAGAAGCGAAACCCCUUGAAGGCAGACGGUACCACAUCUAUGAGAAUGGCACAUUACAGAUCAACAAAACCACAGAAGAAGAUGCUGGCUCAUACUCUUGUUGGGUAGAAAAUGCUAAAGGAAAAACUGCAGUCACAGCCAAUUUGGAUAUUAGAAAUGCUACAAAACUUAGAAUUUCUCCGAAGAAUCCUCGUGUCCCCAGAUCACAUACACUUGAAUUACAUUGUGAAAGCACAUGUGACUCAUAUUUGAAACACAGUUUGAAGUUGUCCUGGAGUAAAGAUGGAGAAGCCUUUGAAAUUAAUGGUACAGAGGAUGGCAGGAUAAUUAUUGAUGGAGCUAAUCUGACUAUAUCUAAUGUCACCUUAGAGGACAAAGGUAUUUACUCCUGUUCAGCUCAAACUGCUCUAGAUAGAGUUGCUGAUAUAACUCAAGUAACCAUCCUUGAUGUUCCAGAUCCACCAGAAAACCUUCAUUUGUCUGAAAGGCAGAACAGGAGUGUUCGGCUGACCUGGGAGGCUGGAGAUGACCACAAUAGCAAUAUUAGCGAGUAUAUUGUAGAAUUUGAAGGAAACAAAGAGGAACCUGGAAGAUGGGAGGAAUUGACUAGAGUCCAAGGAAAGGAAACAACAGUCUUGUUAUCUUUGGCUCCAUAUGUGAGAUACCAGUUCAGGGUCAUAGCCGUGAAUGAAGUGGGGAGAAGCCAACCAAGCCAGCCAUCAGACCAUCAUGAGACACCUCCAGCAGCUCCAGACAAGAAUCCACAAAAUAUAAGAGUUCAAGCCUCUCAACCCAAGGAAAUGAUUAUAAAAUGGGAGCCUUUGAAAUCCAUGGAGCAGAAUGGACCAGGACUGGAAUACAGAGUGACCUGGAAGCCACAGGGAGCCCCAGUGGAAUGGGAAGAAGAAACAGUCACAAAUCACACCUUGCGGGUGAUGACGCCUACUGUCUAUGCUCCUUAUGAUGUCCAAGUCCAAGCCGUCAAUCACCUCGGCUCUGGCCCUGAGCCUCAGUCAGUGGUUCUCUAUUCUGGAGAAGACUAUCCUGAUACGGCUCCAGUGAUCCAUGGGGUGGACGUUAUAAACAGCACAUUAGUUAAAGUUACCUGGUCAUCGAUUCCAAAGGACAGAGUACAUGGACAUCUGAAAGGAUAUCAGAUAAAUUGGUGGAAAACAAAAAGUCUGUUGGAUGGAAGAACUCAUCCCAAAGAAGUAAACAUUCUGAGAUUUUCAGGACAAAGAAGCUAUGGAAUGGUUCCUUCCCUAGAUGCCUUUAGUGAAUUUCACUUAACAGUCUUAGCCUAUAAUUCAAAGGGAGCUGGUCCAGAAAGUGAGCCUUAUACAUUUCAAACACCAGAAGGAGUACCUGAACAGCCAACUUUUCUCAAGGUCAUCAAAGUUAAUAAAGACACUGCCACUUUAUCCUGGGGACUACCUAAAAAAUUGAAUGGAAACUUAACUGGCUAUCUAUUACAGUACCAGAUAAUAAAUGACACCUAUGAGGUUGGAGAACUAAAUGAUAUCAACAUUACAACUCCAUCACAGCCUAGCUGGCAUCUCAGAAACCUCAAUGCAGCUACCAAGUACAAAUUCUACUUGAGGGCUUGCACCUCAAAGGGCUGUGGAAAACCAAUCACUGAGGAAAGUACCACACUAGGAGAAGGGAAAUAUGCUGGUUUAUACGAUGACAUCUCCACUCAAGGCUGGUUUAUUGGAUUGAUGUGUGCGAUUGCUCUUCUCACGCUAAUAUUGUUAACUGUUUGCUUUGUGAAGAGGAACAAAGGUGGAAAGUACUCAGUGAAAGAAAAGGAAGAUUUGCAUCCAGAUCCAGAAGUUCAGUCAGUAAAAGAUGAAACUUUUGGUGAAUACAGUGACAGUGAUGAAAAACCUCUCAAGGGAAGUCUUCGGUCCCUCAACAGGGAUAUGCAGGCAACAGAAAGUGCUGACAGCUUAGUUGAGUAUGGAGAAGGCGACCAUGGCCUAUUCAAUGAAGAUGGAUCAUUUAUUGGCGCUUAUACUGGGUCUAAGGAGAAAGGAUCUGUUGAAAGCAAUGGCAGUUCUACAGCAACAUUUCCCCUCCGAGCAUAAACACAGCGCAUGUAAACAACAUCAGUGGUUCAUACCAAGCUUCCAUAUUUAUCUGUUCAAAUGGGCUAGAACUUUCACAUAGGAAUAGAAAUGUAUUGGCAGAAGAUUUCAUCUAGAAUUCGAACAUCCUGCUAUCAUGUUGAGAACAAUAGCGCUGCCUUGAAAAAAUAAAAUACCUACACUACAGACCUAUGUUGUUGUUUCUGUUCAGGUGCUCAAAAUGCAGAACACAAAACAAAUCUUGUAUUUAGUUUCACCUCAACUGAAUCCAAAGUAUCCACUCCCUGUCCUCCGUAUUUGCCUGGUUUUACUAUUCACUGUGUUUGCAUAGAUGUUGCUACCUUGUGGGUUUUUCUCUGUAUGCACAUGUGUAUUCAGUCUCUGAGAACUGUCUUAAAAGAUGGUAAGCAAACUGGUUAUUUAAAAUGUAAAGAGGAAUAUGAAUGUCGUAUUAAAACAGUUCAUUGAAUAUAUACAGUCUAAAGUUAUUUAAAUUUUUAGUAGUAGAAGUCUUAGGCGAACAAUCAACUAGUAUUUAUUGAGCUCCUAACUAUUUGCCCAGAGAUGGUCAUGUUUAAAGAGAAUUCUAACUUUGUCAGUUUCAAUAGGAAUUUGUUAUCUCUAUCAGUUAUCACAUCUGCCAACAUCUUUGUUUUUGUUUUUUUCUUGAACUAAAUUCAGCUGCAACGGAAGCAGUGGUCAGAAGGCUAUCUUAUGAAAGAACAGGCACGAGGUGUCCAUGAUGCUGGAGUCUAAUAACUGUAUCUUUUAAAUAUCUCCAUUUCUAAAUUGACUGCUUUUACCUUUGUUCUAUGUUUAUAUAAUGGUAUGCUUGCAUAUGUUUCAUGAAUGCAUUGUACAUAUUAUGUUAAUAUUUACACAAUUUAAAAUAUAGAUGUGUUUUAUUUUGAAGUGAGAAGAAGAGCAUUAACAGGCAUGUCUGUAUAGCUAGAGUUAUAUAGUAAGAUACAAUUUUUCAUCAUUUCAGAGCUACAACCUAUAACAUGAGGUUUCAAAACUGAAGAUUUUGUAUAAAGCAUUUGGGUUUUGUUCUUAUAUUGCUUUUUCCAACAGUCUCAAAAUAAAAUGUCAUAUAAAUAUUGAGGGAGAUGUUUUCAUAUUUUUCAAAAUAAAUUUUUGUUGUCAAGUGUUUUCCUACCCCAGCCCCCCAAAAGAAAAACUGUUUACAGUAGAAAUUCCUAUACAUAUGUUUGCCUAUAUCAUAUUUUAAACAUCUUCAGGGGGGAGUCUUUUUCUAUGUUCUCCUUCUGUCAAAGUCAGUACAAAUUCAGGGAAUUUAUUUCCUGAUGUGGGCUACUAAUCCUUCUAAGAUUGUACAUUCAAAUGGUUUAGAAACAGUAUGAAGGACUGUGCAUGCAUGUCAGUAAAAUUCAAGGUUCAACUCCUCAUUUUCUGGAAGCAUUUUUUUUUAACCUUACUAUGAAAUUCUUAAUUAUGCUUAACUGAAAUUGACUCAGAGAUUUUAUUUUUUGAAUUGUAGCUAUGGGCAUAUAUUGUUAAUUCCUUAACUUUGAUUUAUGUAGCCCACUAUAUUUCUUGUGGACCAAAAUUAGGGAUGUUUAUAAUGGUCCAUGCAAUAAUCCACUCGGAAUAUCUCAUUCUCGUUUUAAACCUGUGUGUCCUCCAAAAUGCAUGGGAGGCAAAAGAAUGUCUUAUUUAAAACAAUACUUCAUGGGCUCAGGAUUUGACCACACUCCCCAAAUAAGAAUUUCCAAAGAGGGAAGGCAUCUUGGUCCUCACCUUCUGUGAGUAUGAGGAUCCACACAUCCAUCAGUUCACCUUGAGCUUUAUCCCCAUCUGAUUUUUAAGGCACAUCUUUUCUGGAGGAGGCAUCAUCAGGUUUUGACUUAUCUGGGAGGAAUUUCUGGUACUCAGCUGCUGAUGAGGCCCAGGGUGGGACUUACGAGUUUAGUUCUACCAUUAUUCUAGCUCUUUUCUUUGCCAUUAGCCAAAAAGAUUUUAAGAGAAUCAUGUAGGUUGGAGGUAAUCUGAAAAAAGCAUUAGAAGUAGAUUUUUUAAAGACUUAACAAUCUUUAAGUUAGAAGUUCACACAAAUAAUGAAAUGUUUUCUUUGCCUAGAUCUUAAAGUUCUCCUUUGGUUGAGCAAUAAGACUGUUCCUGCUUAUAUUUUCUGAAUGGCCAAAACUUAUGGAUAUGAAAAAUGAGGUUGCAUUAUGACUUCCUUUUGCUAUCACUCUCUAUUACCUUUUCUCGAUACCAUUUGGCUUCUACUGGGAAUCUUCAGCACAGAAGGAAUAGGUCCCUGACUGACUUUCUCUAGUCUACUGUCAAUAUUAUUUUAAUGUCAUAGAUUGUGUAUCAUCUCAAGGAUUGUUGGUGGGGGUGAGUCCCUAGGGAGCUGUCCAAGAGUUGGGAAAACCCAAGUUCUCUUCCUGGUUCCAGCACUGAUUUUGUACAUAAAUAGGCAAGUUGCUUGACCCCUUUGCUUCAAACUGGCUCAGCUAUAAAGUGCUAAUGAUGAUCUCAGUUACCUUAUCUUUGUCACAGGGUGUUUUUUUAAUGAAAAGAAAUUGAAAAUGAUAAAAGCUAAGAUGCCUUUUAACUUCAUAAACAAACCUUUAAUCUAAUGAUGUAUUGGAAAGUCACCCCAUGCAUACCAAUUCAACUUUUUUCCUGUGAGCACAUAAAUAUAUUUUUAUAGAAAAACAAAUCUACAGGAAAUAAAAUAAGUCUACUGUUCAAUGAGCAGUGGGAUUUGCAUAUGCCAUCAGAAGUGAUUAAUCAGAAGAAAGUUAAGCAGGGUCUUUGCUAUACAAAAGUGUUUUUCACUAAUUUUGCAUGUGUAUUUAUAAGAAAAUGUGAAUUUGGUGGAUUUAUUCUAUUGGUAUAAAGGCAUCUGAUAUUUUAGAUGUACCCAUAUUUAUAAAAGUGUAAAGCACAAUGAAAUUAUGCUGGAAGUCUCAAAUAAUAUUUUUUUCCUAUUUUAUAUUCAUGGAAGAGAUGAGCUAAAGAGAGAACAAUAAUGAGAAAUGUUGGUGUGUUUUUCUAAGCAUUUAAAACAUAAUUGCCAAUUGAAACCCUAAGUAUGUUUACAUGCCAUUAAGAUAUGAUUCUUGUAACAAUUUUAAAUUGAUUAUAAAGGGAUUGGGUUUGUAAUCUGUGGUAGUAUAUAUCCUAGUGUUCCCAUAGUGAAAUGAGUAGGGUUGAGCCAAAGUUUACUUUGUUUUGUAUCUUAAAUUGUUUGAUUACAUCAUCAAAAGAGAUAAAAGGUAUGUAGAACUGGUUUACCUGAUGACUUUUUUUUGGCUUAGAGAAUAUUCAUAGUAGAACUUUAUUAAAAUGUGUUUGUAUUGUAGGUGGUGUUUGUAUUAUGCUUACGAAUAUGUAUGGUUUAAAAAUAUUUUCAUUAUACAUGAAAUUCAACUUUCCAAAUAAAAGUUUGACUUCAUGUACUCUAAAAA